UGGUAGAUGCGUUCCCGGUCAGUUCCCGGAGUGCCUUGCGGCUGUGAUGGCUGCCACCGGCUGCCCCGGGGCUGCGCUUUCUCGAGUGUUCUUAGGGUUUUGGCAGACGGGCCCUGUCGCCGCAAGGGAGUGGGCAACCCGGUUCCCAUCGCUCUUGGGCUGUCAGCGGAGGUGCGUGACCUGUGUAGCGGGCGCCGCUUUCUCUGGUCCGCUCCUAGCCUCGGCUUCUAGGCGUUAUGGCCAGAACUCAGCCUUGGACCGCUUCCUCGGACUCUCUCAGCCCGACAGUUCGUUGACUUCUCGCAUUCCUGCCGUGUCCAUGCACAGAGAUGAGCAGGAUCUCCUUUUGGUCCAUCACCCCGACAUGCCUGAGAACUCCCGGGUCCUACGAGUGGUCCUCCUGGGUGCCCCAAAUGCAGGGAAGUCAACACUCUCCAACCAGCUGCUGGGCCGAAAAGUGUUUCCUGUCUCCAAGAAGGUGCACACUACUCGCUGCCAAGCUCUGGGGGUCAUCACAGAGAAAGAGGCCCAGGUGAUUCUACUUGACACACCUGGCCUCAUCAGCCCUGUUAAACAGAAAAGGCACCAUCUGGAGCUCUCUUUGUUGGAAGAUCCAUGGAAGAGCAUGGAAUCUGCUGAUCUGGUUGUAGUUCUUGUGGAUGUCUCAGACAAAUGGACUCGGAACCAGCUCAGCCCCGAAGUGCUCCAGUGCUUGACCCAGUUCUCCCAAGUCCCCAGCAUCCUUGUCAUGAACAAGGUAGAUUGCCUGAAGCAGAAGUCAGUUCUCCUGGAGCUCACAGCAGCCCUCACUGAAGGUGUGGUCAGUGGCAAGAAGCUCAAGUUAAGACAGGCCUUCCGCUCACAGCCGGGCACCCACUGCCCCAGCCCAGCAGCCAAGGGCCCAAACAUACAGUCUGUGGGAGGCCCUCAGAGGAUUGGCUGGCCUUACUUCCAGGAGAUCUUCAUGUUAUCAGCACUAAGCCAGGAGGAUGUGAAAACACUAAAGCAAUACCUCCUGGCACGGGCCCAGCCAGGGCCUUGGGAAUUCCAUAGUGAAGUUCUCACUAGCCAGACGCCUGAGGAGAUCUGCGCCAACAUCAUCCGAGAGAAGCUCCUAGAGCAUCUGCCCCAGGAGGUGCCCUACAAUGUACAGCAGAAAACAAUUAUGUGGGAGGAAGGACCAAGCGGGGAGCUGGUGAUCGUACAGAAGCUUCUGGUGCCCAAAGAAUCUCAUGUGAAGAUCUUGAUUGGUCCGAAGGGGCACCUGAUCUCCCAGAUUGCAGAGGAGGCUGGCCGGGACCUUAUGGACAUCUUCCUCUGUGAGGUUCAGCUCCGCCUCUCUGUGAAGCUCCUCAAUUGACCACCCUCUACUGCCCCUCUCAAGACAUCCCAGUCUAAGUUUCUGGUAGGAGCCACUGACCAGAAUUGCUCCUGCCUGGUGAGGGGCAUGAACACUGAUGGCAAACCACUGGCUGGCCUGCUUGCCUAGUCAGCACAGCCCCUCCCCAGCCAUAUCUCGUGUUGGAGGAAGGAACCUACCUUAGCUCUGUUCCCAGUAGUUUCUCUGACUGGGGCCACAGCUACUUAGGUCUAGAAGUUUGUCUCUUUGGUGCAAGCAGCGCCACCCUGCUUCUACCUGGCACUGGCCCAGAGUUUCUCCCUCAGUUGCCAGUUGUUAGCAGGGAGAUCUUUUUCCCUCGUCAGAUCUUUCACCUGGAAGUCCCAUAAGGACCCAUGUGAGAUAGUGCCUCCCACCUGCUCCCCAAGUCAUUGAAUCCUUCCACUACAUCCCUCUCCCCAACCUUCGAUGCUAAUAAAGUUAAAAGACAAACA